CGAGCGGGAUCCAAACUUCCGGUGCCUGCAGAGAGCGGAGCGCGGCUGCACCGAGAGGCUGCACCAGCUGAGGCUGCACUGGCAUAGCCUGCAGGGCGGACCCGCGGCCCGGAGCAGCCAUGGUGAAGAUCAGCUUCCAGCCCGCCGUGGCCGGCGUAAAGGGCGACAAGGCCGACAAGGCUUCGGCCUCGGCCUCGGCCGCGGCCCCGGCGACCGGCCCGGCUGCUGAGAUCCUGCUGACGCCGGCUCGGGAGGAGCGGCCCCCCUACCACCGCCACAAGAAGGGGGGCUCCGUGGGCAGCGUGUGCUACCUGUCGAUGGGCAUGGUCGUGCUGCUCAUGGGCCUGGUGUUCGCCUCCGUCUACAUCUACAGAUACUUCUUCCUCGCCCAGCUGGCCCGAGACAACUUCUUCCACUGCGGCGUCUUCUACGAGGACUCCCUGUCCUCCCAGGCCCACACGCGCAUGGAGCUGGAGGAGGACGUGAAGAUUUACCUCGAAGACAACUACGAGCGCAUCAACGUGCCCGUGCCCCAGUUCGGGGGCGGCGACCCUGCCGACAUCAUCCACGACUUCCAGCGGGGUCUGACCGCCUACCACGACAUCUCCCUGGACAAGUGCUAUGUCAUCGAGCUCAACACCACCAUCGUGCUGCCUCCCCGCAACUUCUGGGAGCUCCUCAUGAACGUGAAGAGAGGGACCUACCUGCCGCAGACGUACAUCAUCCAGGAGGAGAUGGUGGUCACAGAGCACGUCAGCGACAAGGAGGCCCUGGGCUCCUUCAUCCACCACCUGUGCAACGGGAAGGACACCUACCGGCUGCGGCGCCGGGCCACCCGGAGGCGGAUCAGCAAGCGUGGGGCCAAGCGCUGCAACGCCAUCCGCCACUUCGAGAACACCUUCGUGGUGGAGACGCUCAUCUGCGGGGCCGCGUGAGGCCUCCGCUCCCGCCCGCCUGCCCGCCGGGUCCCGCCCUGCCUCUCCUCUUUCCUCUUCCUGCCACUCUCUGCCCCGCCCCCUGCCCCUCUUAGCUUGUACUUUGGAUGCUGUUCCAUAGAUGUGACACGUCUCCCGUUCCUGCCCAGCCCUGCCCGCCUGCCUGUACCAGAGCCGAGACCUCUCGAGGCCCUCGCCGCUGCUGACAUCCGGGCCUGGGGGACAGAGAGGGCGCCCCAGGGUGGUUUCUGUGACCGCUGUCUUGACGUUGGCUCCUCCGGGGCCCGGCCCACAGCUGCACUGGCAGCCCACGGGAAGGAGUGGAUUAAGGGGACGGGCACAUGGGUGUCCUGGGCGAGGGGACUGGGUGGGGGAGGGGUGUGGAGUGGGGAUCGGAACCGUCUGCACCGUCGGGAAAGUCCCGUAGACUGUUUCUUGGGAUGGCACGCUUCCUCCCGGGUGCCCGUUCCCAGGCCCGGCUGAGGGUGGGAAGUGUGCCCAGGGAUGGACCCACCCAGAGCACAAGGGAAGGUGGCCGUCCUGGGGGGGGUCUCCCAGGGCUCCCAACGGUGCCUUCCGCCCACCAGAGGGAGCUGGAGCGUGGGGGGUGGGGAUGAGUUCAUCAAGCACAAUCGUUUUCUGAGUGGAACCAAAGAGGGAGGAGCCAGGGCCCCCAGCGCUGGCCCCCCAGGAGCACAAGCGGAGUCCCCCCUGUCGGGCUGAGCACAGCCCCGCCCAGAGAUGGGCGGAGCCCCUGCAGAGCAGGCGGGGCUCCUUGCCUCCUCCAGGCGAGAGCUGUUUUAGAGGGUGGUGUGGGGGGGGGGAGAGCCGCCUGGUACUUGCACACCCUGCCUCCUCUCUGUUCUGAACUUCCUCUGCUUUGGGGGAAUGCACCCUUCUUCCUUUUCCUCCUCACUUUUGCAUGUUUUUACUGACCAUUCGAUAUGCUACCCGUUCUGAGCCCGGAGCCCUGAAGAGGAGGAGGAGGGCGUCGACGCCUCCAGUGGGCCCAGGUGCUCCUGGAGGCACAACUCUGGAACGCUUUGUAUAUUUUCUCAAUUAGAUCUCUUUUCAGAAGUGUCUGUAGAAUAAUAAAAAUCUUUGACUUCUGA